AUGGACUCUUUCCCCAGCAACAUCUUCACCGUGCUUCCGUUUCACGACCACAACGCCGUCAUCAAGCCCAGCCGACCUCGUGGAGAUGCUGAUCACAUUGAAAAGCAUCGUGCCGCCAUUGCCAACAAAGACGCAAAGACAACAAUCCAGAGUCUACCAGCAGAGCUGAUGCUCGGGAUCGUAUCCCAUCUUCCACCGCGAGAAAUUCAACGCUGUCGCGGCGUGUCUUCAUCUUUCCGUGGUGUGAUCGACGACAACCAGAAAUCUCUCCUCAAAGCCGCUCCAGCGCAAUGUCAAGCCAUAGUGGACGCGCAAUACUACAAUGGUACUCCACAAGAACCAAGCUUUUGCAAGUUCCUCUUCUGGUACCUAUCCAAGCGCGGCAUCUGGAAAGACCCCAAGUACAUUCGCCGCAGCACAAAGAGAUGCCUUUUCCAAUGGCUCGUCAACUGGGCCCCUGAAAUCGGGGCUGCAAUCAAAUACUUCCCAGAAAGCGAACGCCCGGCUAACCAACUGAACGUCACCUGGAAAGAAUACCCCGAUGCUUUGAUCAACAUUCUGCAAACCAUCGCUGAAGCACUCGUCCAGACUUAUAUCGACACUCGUAUCUGGGAGCUGUCUACACAUGACUUUUACUCGCCAAAAUUGUGCGAUGUCAGCACGGUCAAGAAGUUCAUGGAGAUUGUCGAUUGUGCGGAUCCGUAUCUUGUCGGAUCGGAGUUCGAUCUUACAGCUACGCUUGCGAAAUUUGGACUCCCAUUGAGCAGAGAAGAACUUCGUCAAAACUACCUCGAUAUCAAAGCCCGUAAGGAACCGGCCUUACCCGCGUUUCCUCCUUCUUUGGCUGCAAGAGACAGUGAGAACAGCAACGGCUUUCUGACCAAUUUGGUCACAAAAGAAAAGGACGGCAAUGAGCUUCUCCACAUUCCAGAAGUUGUGAACAAGCGCCAUGCGUUUCCGAAAUUGUACCUCACGAGUUUGGAGUUCCACCCUGGUGCCUGGAAACUCGGACAUUUCGUUUUCAAGGAACUUCGCGCGUUUCUGGACGUACAUUUGCCGUAUGUCCGUGAUGAUUUGGCGUAUCGCGUUCGAUCGACUUGGGCUUUUGAUUUGCUUUGGGAGGCUAAGAAACGGGGGAGGGUUUUGACUGAGUGGGAAAAGGCUGCUGUUUUGGAGGAGUUGUAUGUUUGUUAG